AAAGUCAAACCCAUUGGAUGUGGGUAAAUACAACUUAAACUGAUAGUCGCCUUUUUUGGGCAGGACUAGAGAGGGGAAAAAAGAAAAGAAUGUGCAUCUUAACUCACCGUCUCAGUAUAAAAGUCUGUGCUCAGGUGACGCUUGUUCCACUUGAUAGGCACAAAAAACCAACACACAAGGAUCAAGCUCCGUCAUGGUGCACAGAGUAGCAGUGAUCGGGGCAGGGCCUUCUGGUCUGACCAGCAUGAAGGCUUGUCUGGAUGAGGGCAUGGUGCCAACCUGCUUUGAAAGCAGUGAUGACAUGGGCGGACUGUGGAAGUUCAAGGAAGUGUCAGAGCCAAACAGGGCCAGUAUCUACCGAUCCCUAACCAUCAACAUCUCCAAGGAGAUGAUGUGCUACAGUGACUUCCCCAUCCCUGCUGAUUACCCCAACUACAUGCAUCACUCUAAAAUCCUGACAUACUUCAGGAUGUAUGCAGAACACUUCAAACUGCUGCAAUACAUUCGCUUCCAGACCUCGGUGAAGAGUGUCAGACAGAGGCCAGACUUUUCUCGUACUGGUCAGUGGGAAGUGGUGACUGAGAAUAGAGAUGGACAGGAGGAGAGGCAUGUCUUUGAUGCAGUUAUCUGCUGCUCCGGUCACUACACCUACCCUAACCUGCCGCUCAAAGACUUCCCCGGAUUUGAGACAUUUGAAGGAAAACAUUUCCACAGCUGGGACUACAAGGGGCCUGAAGACAUGUACGGGAAGAGAGUGGUGGUCAUCGGCAUCGGUAACUCAGGAGGAGACAUCGCUGUGGAGAGCAGCAGAGUUGCAGAGCAGGUGUACCUGAGCACUCGUCGCGGUGCCUGGGUCAUCCGGCAGGUUUCUGACAACGGCCUGCCAGUGGACAUGAAGUACAACACGCGCUUUGUCCACAUCUUGUUCCAGCUGUUGCCAAUCAACAUCCUCAACUGGCUUGGCGAGAAGAAACUCAACGCCAUGUAUGACCACACCAUGUAUGCCCUCAAACCCACACACAGGCUCUUCAGUCAGAUCCCAGUGAUCAAUGAUGACCUGCCUUUAAAGAUUCUGUCUGGGUCGGUCAUUAUCAAACCAAAUGUGAAGGAGAUCCGUGGCUCCACCGUGGUGUUUGAUGAUGGCAGCAUUGUGGAAAAGGUGGAUACGAUUGUGUUCGCCACAGGUUACAGCUAUGAUUUUCCUUAUUUGCCAAGCAAUGCUGUGUACAAGUCUGGGCACCGUGUGGGUCUGUACAAGCAUGUUUUUCCUCCCAACAUGGAGCAUCCCACUCUGGCUGUUGUGGGUUUCAUCCAUGCCCUUGGAGCCAUCAUGCCCCAGGCUGAAAUGCAGGCCCGUUGGGUCACACGUGUCUUCAAAGGAUAUAAAAAGCUGCCCUCAAACCACGCCAUGAAAAAGGCUGUUGAGAAAGACACCAAGGAUAUUGACAAAAAUUACAUUGUGUCAAAGUUGACACCCCUGCAGGUGGACUUUGUUUCCUACAUGGAUGACAUAGCAGGAGAGAUUGGAGUCCGGCCAAGUCUCCUCCGGCUCUUCUUCACAGACUAUCCAUUGUUUAAGAGGAUUCUGUGGGGACCUGUCACAGCCUACCAGUACCGCUUGAUGGGACCAGGGAAAUGGGAGGGAGCUCGCAGGGCAAUCUUCACCCAGUUUGACCGCAUGUACCAGCCCCUAAAAACCAGACAGCUGAAGGAGCAAGAGGCCUCCAUCAUUGGUCGCCUGAUUAAGCUGAGCCUAACCGUCAUGGCCGGAGGAGCUGCCGUCUACUACAUCCAUGUGCGCAACCCAACCACCAUCCCCACCAUGCUGUCCAAGCUCCGUCCACAAACAGUCUAAACAUGCUGUAUUGAUCAAAUGAUGAAAAUGAAAAAAAACAGUGGUGGAAGAAGGACUCAGAUAUUUUACUUAAGUAAAAGUAGUAAUACCACAAUGAAAAAAUACUCUGUUACAAUUAAAAGUCCUGUGUUCAAAACUUUACUUAAGUAAAAGUACAUAAGUAUUAGCAGCAAAUUGUACUUAAAGUAACAAAAGUAAGCAUACUCAUUAUGGAAAAAGGCCCCAUUCAAAGUGUUACAUGUAUUAUAUAUUUAUUAUUGGAAUUGUAUUCCUGAUUUAUUUCCGUCCAAGCAGCAUUUGAAUAUUGUCAUGGUAGAUUUAAUUUUAACAACUGUAUAUACUGUUGGGUAGUUUCAUCUACAAUAAUCCAUCAUUUUAUAAACUGAUCAUAUUUUUGACGAAUAAAAUCUUGAUAUGAAAAGUAACUAGUAACUAAUGCUGUCAAAUAAAUGUAGUGGAGUAAAAAGUACAAUAUUUCCCUCUGAAUUGAGUGUAAAGUAGAUUAAAAUAGAAAUACUCAAGUAAAGUACCUCAAAUGUGUACUUAAAUACAGUACUUGAGUAAAUGUACUUAGUUACAUUCCAUCACUGAAAAAAAACACUCAAACCAAAUACUAUAUCUAUACUCCUGUUUGGGUUGUGAUUAUAGCAACAAUUAUAGGGGUCACUGUCUGAGCUGUUGAUUAAUGCUAGGUAUUAUUGUAUCUAUAUGUGCAGUUUUUUAAAAUGUUUAAACUUGUUAUGUGGCAACUGUUUUUCCAAAAAUGUUCAUGUGCAAGUAAUUUACAUCAACAAAAUACGUUUUAGAGGCGCAAAGGGAACAAAUCCUGGUUUAUAUUAUAUAUCAACACGACAAACUGUUCACAUUGAGCGGCAAAAUGUUGACUGCUAAUGAUUGUUGUCAACAUUUUUCUUUUUUUCCCUACAAUAUCCAUUCUUUGUAGUAUCCCAGUCAUAGUUAAAUAUUGAAAAAUCAGCACUGAGCUAAAGAAUAACAGAGGAUCCAAACAAAUGUCUCCAAUGUCAGAGCCACACACUUCAGUACAUCCAUCAACCUUCCCGACCUUCAUACCCUUACAAUACUUUUCCCUGCACUGCAUGAAGGUCACACCACCAAUUAUUCCUUUAUAAUUUCUUUGUUGUCUGUUGAGAUUCACUGGAUUAUUAAAUGUCAAGCACAACUAACUACACUUAUUUACAUCUUAUAUAACUUAAGUAACCAUGAAUGUGGAGUGUUUUAUUCAUAUAUAUAUAUAUUAGAUGUCUCA